AUGAUUAAAAAUGUACAUGAAAUAACCGAAGAAUUAUAUAAACAACAUGAUUUUAAUCGUUUAUUACGUAUUUUACAACGUUUUGGAAGUCAACGUGAUGAAAUUAAACGAAAGGAUUCAAUACAAAAUUCAUCAGAUAGUGAAGAUAAAAUAGAUUUUUCUUUAGAUUUUACUGAUCGAUCAAUGUAUGAUAAAAAACGACCAAUGACAUCUGUUAUAACAACGACAAUUACAAAACGAAAAAGAGGACAUGGUAGUAGUUUUUAA